AGGAAGAUAAUAUCCCCAGAAAGCUAACCAGUAUAAAUAUCAUGUCUACGCUUUAGGGGAGCUGCCUUGAUACAACGCUAAUGUCUAUAAUGAACGUCUAGUCGUUUCCGGCUUUUAUUCUCUGCAUUUAGUUUUGUUCUUAAUUCCGUUCUCUUCUAAUGGUAGACGAUUUUCCGGAGAUCGUUUUGAAGGUGCCAGUUCAACUUUACCAAGCUCACCUUUUAAAAUAGUUUAUUGUGCUUAGGCAGAAAUACCAUUUAACUAAAGUUAAUUAGAAGUCAUAAGAGAGCAGGCGUAUCUAAAGCUCAUCUUUAGCUAUCUUAAGAAAUAACUGGCAACUUCACUAGAAUACAAUUUUUAUUUAUAAGUUGCUACAUGUGAACAGAUAACAGAUGUAUUUUAGAUAAAGCGGCCUUCGGAAUGACAGACCAUGGGCAAUCACAGAUCCGGUAGAUCAUCGAAUGCAUGAUUCUUUACAAGUAGCAUUUCUUAUAUGUAAAAACUGAGCUCCUGCAUAUAUAUUACUUUUAUUAUCAUAUUAUUAUAAGAAGUAUAUAUGUGCUUCUUACUGUAACAGCGAAAUGUUUACAGGUGUCAAUAAUAUAGCUAUAUUUAUUAAAAAAUGCUUUUAUAAUUGAAAGAAAGAUAUGGCCUCGCGUUCCUACCGUUAAAAAGCGCAUACUGAAUUGAUUCAUAAGUAAUUUUAUUUAUCUUUGAAAUAGCAGGAAUUUUAUUAUGAACAAAGCGGUGAAUUUCAAAUCUGGCGGUUUCGUCUCUUAACUUUACACAUUACGCGUUACAUCGUAUAGGUGAGCCGCAUAAUUCGCGCAUUACCGCUGCUGUUGUUUCUUCGGGAGCAAUGAAUGAAGCUCGAAUCACUGUAUAUGUGACCCCAUCUCGUUUUGCGCUGCAAAGGCUGAGCCUGAUAUUCUAAGGUUUAGAUGGGUAGUAGAAAAAGUAAAAGAAAUAUUGGAGUGUCAGAAAGAAUGUAUCAAAACGGUCUUAAGCAAUUUAAAAGUUAAGAUUUUCCCCUGAAAUUACUCGAACGCUCCCUGUAGUAGACGGAGCCUGGUCCUCUUGAGUGAUACUCAGCCGGUCCAGGAAAUUCGAAAGCUCAUUGCACAAAUUGGAACUAGUUAGUUAAAUGUUUGGUAUAGACUCCAGGCAUUAGUAGUGCGAUGUAUAAAUCAAGUGCGAAUAAGAUCUGUUCAGACGUCAUUGGCAACCUCUUAACUAUUCGUUCUCCGCCGCUUGCUGGGCAGAAAGAAAAUACAUUUUUACACAAAAUCGUCACUAGAAAUGAAAAUCAAUAGUCUACGGUAGUGUCAAAUACAAAGAAAUAAUUAAGCUAUCUUUCUUCAGCCUUUUGAUGAAGAACUAGGGCUUGCACUAGACAAAAGAUCAUAUCUUAUUACGCACCAUCCUAUUACGCAUACUUUAACGUUUGUUCUCGUAUACUUUCAGUAUUUCGUCAAAACAACAAGAGUUUACGUAUUGCCGCUAGCAUAAAGAGCAACCAUUGAGGUUAAUGCAACACGAAAUCGAGUUCAUCAUUGAAAAGCACCUCUGUUCUCAUUUCUUUCUCUUCGCGACUCCAUAAACGGCACUAACAAGAUGGAACAAUUUUUUUUUUUACUCGUAAUCUAAUACUAACGUGGCAGAAUGUCAAUUCCGUCGGAUCAAUGUUUGCCGUCUUCCAGUUGACCUUUACCAGCGCCUUAUGUGUAAUAACGGUUGAAAUCGUAUGUGAUGAUACGUGAGUUCAAAACGCGUUUACGUAUGUCGUCGUUGACUCUUCCCUUAAAAGAAACUAAUCCUUGGUAAUAUAAUGCCUGAUAGGUACAAAGAAGAAGAGUAAAUCAAUAGAGAAGCUUAAUAUUUGCUUGGACGGCAUUACGAUGCAAAGGCGUCUUGUCAUGUCAUUCUCUCCUGGUUUGUUACUAUCCUUUUCGUCGUGGAGUGGAAUUGUACUAAAGGGACUCGCGUACAACGGAGAGUGACAGGAGAGAGCGAGGCGGAAAAGAGAAGAUGUACCGCGCAUUGUCGCGUACAGUGCACCGUAUAAUUGCGACAGCUGUUUUAGCAGAAGAGCGGUGAUGGAAGGCGUUCACUUAUUUCCCAACUUUGAUAUCUAUUUUUCUAGCGAAUACACUUUGAAUGUACACGCUCUUUUACCCCUUCCAGGUGGAUUUCAGGAAAGGCUCAGUGCGGCUGCCUCUCCGGAUUUCGAUAACUGGUUAUGUGCUGCCCUCAUUUAUCCAUAUAUUCCUCUAUAACACUAAAACACUUACUCCUUUGGUUAGUGGCCAGCACAAUGGCCAUUCUACUGCUUGGUGAUCGCGACAGGCGUUCGUGACUGCGCCAGGAAAUGGUCAGUCGGUCCGUUAGCCGCUUAAUUGUUUGGCUAUGCCUUCGAAAAUACUACGCACAUACAAUACCGCCAAGUGAUGACUAUCGUCGUCGCUGCCUCCUUAAAAAAUCCUCCAAGUCAGUCAUGGCUGCCGCUGCAGCUCCCUUUCGUCGUCACUGAGCCGCUGUUGCGGCUUUGUACAGUGUUUGCGCGCUGUUCUCGCUGCCAUGGAAAACCGGCCAGUCCAUUGAGAUUAUUUGAGCGGAAUAGCUGGUUGUUGCUUUUUGAUUUAGUUGUUUGAUUGUGUAACGCCAUGGGACCCCUUCAUUUAUGGCGGGCGUUAUGUCGUCGCAACUCUACUCUUACAGAGAUGGAUUUGAAGCUUGACCAAAGUCUUGGUUGGUAUCAGAAGAAGAUUGGAGCAUACGACAAGGAAGCAUGGGAACGAGAUGUGGAACGCCGGGUCCGACGCGGUGUCAGCGGGCUACCGAAGAAAAAUACCAAAUUUAAGGCGGGGCUCAUUGACGUUGACCUUGUCCAAGGAUCAACGUUCAAAAAAAAGAAGCCUCGCAGCUCAUGGCUGAUACUUUGCGCAAGGGGCGCACUCAAAGCGUUACUCUACCCCCUCUUCUGCUGCUGGUGGGCGCAGCACACGAGCAUUGAAGUUUCCUUGUACUUCUUCAUGUUGUAUAUUGCUCAACUGCAUGUGACGUAUCUCAACUUGUUUAAAAUAACCAAAGAUCAUUUCGACUUUAUGGUAGUUGAGGUAUACGGGCCUGUGAUACUAAUGGCGUGUCUUGGCGCCAUCCAUGAGCAGAUUACGACGAAAUGCGUGGGAUCACCUAAACUACAGAAGAGAUGCCUGAGGCGUAAGAUUCCAAAAGUACCAAAGCCUGGAGUUAAGGUUGAAACGAAGGAGGACAGUAAAGAGAGUGGACUUGAAAGUCUUGACAUGGGAACAAAGCGUACCGUUGACAGUUCAGAAAAAGGAUCGAGUCCAACAAGUCCGAGUGAGCCAACAACACCUCUGCGACAGCCCAAUAUCGUCAUUUCCUCAGAUGACGAGGAAUUUUUUAUAGCGAAGAGCCGAAGCGAGAUGAACAAUCUACGGAGACGCAGGAAGCUAAAGCGGCGUUCUGAUGGCGUUCUCUACGACUUGAGCCAUCUGCGGCUGGACGAGGAUCUGAAUGUCCGUCGAAGGCUUUCGACGGAGAGCGGCGCUUCUUUCGUCCGCAAACGCGCUUGGGUCGACGAUCUGUGCGACCGUGGGGAGACAGCCAGUAGUGCCGACGAAUCCCAAUUAUCGCCUGAACCGCCAGAACUUGCGAAGCACCUCCAGUGUGACCUCGAAUGGCCUAACUUGUCGCAGACAGAUUGCAACUACAUGAGCUCUAGUUCGGAGAAUAUCCAUUCCGACGAAGCAACAGAUGAUGAUGACUAUGGAGACGAUAUUGCGCCGCUGCAAUGUAGCACGGUGGACAAGGUCAGCUGUACAAUCUGGGAACUUGGUGACUGUAAGAAAGUGGACCUGUCUAUCUUCGACAUCGCAUCCGCAAUCGUCCGCAAGGUGGACACGUGGCGCCAUUCGAACGAAUACCCUCUGCUCGCGCUCUUUCUUAGCUUUGUCGUUGCCAUCUACCCGCUCUAUUUCAAGAAUGACUUUGGUUGUCCGUUGCGGCAGUUUAUUGCACCUAACAAUAGUUUAUUUACGAAUAACUCGUCUGCCGAUGAGGCCGUUAUCGACCUGUCGUGGGCGGGAUUGCCUGAUAACGCAAUGAUGGCAACAAUCACCGCCUGUCUCGUCCGUUUCAGCCUUACUGGAACCUUUUUUUAUUUGCUGUGUGUGGCCGAACGAACGUUCACUCAGCGAUUCCUUUAUGCCAAACAUUUUUGUCAGUUGACAUCAGCACGACGAGCGUAUCGCUCAGAGCUACCGCACUUUCGUCUAAAUAAAGUGAGGAACAUUAAAGCCUGGCUAAGCGUACGAUCGUACCUCAAGAAACACGGUCCACAGCAAUCUGUUGAUGCAAUCGUAUCUACAGCAUUUAUAAUGGGCGUUUGCAUCCUGUCCCUUUUUUGUGCCCAGAUGCUUCGUGACGGAGGCUCACUGGAGCGCCUCUUCUGUUGGGAGUGCGCCCUGUGGUGUGUUGGCAUUGGACUGUUUAUGACACGCUUCAUGGUGUUGGGUCUAAAAAUUAAUAAGAAGUAUCGUAAUCAUUCGAUCCUUAUCACUGAGCAGAUCAAUCUUUAUCUGCACAUGGAACAGAAACCACAAAAGAAGGAAGAACUGGUACUCGCUAAUAAUGUUCUUAAACUAGCAGCCGAUCUGCUCAAAGAAUUGGAAAGUCCGUUCAAAAUUUCCGGAAUCUGUGCCAACCCCUAUCUCUAUAACAUCACCAAAGUCAUCUGCGUGUCGGCAUUUUCCGCAGCAUUGUCCGAACUUUUCGGAUUCAAACUCAAGUUACAUAAGAUAAAAAUUAAAUAGGUAUGGCCAAGACUUCACAACCAUAACACAUGAGUACCCUUGUAGGCUAUUGACAGUCAUCGUCGUACUGCAGAUAUCAUUCAAGUAAUACCUAAAAUCAAAUUAGGUAUAUUGUGAAAGACUACAAUUGCAGGCUGUAUGAUGCUGAGGUACCGAGCGCUAAUUCAAAAGUAAGGAGCAUCAGUAAGGAACGUCCAUGAACUAAGCUGGAUCAGCUUGAAGGCAACGAUGCAAUACAUGCGAUGGAUAUUGGCGAAAGCCAAAAGAAGCCUUCGCUUCGAAUCUUCGAGGUGUGUUUGAGGGUCAAAGCGCAGGCUCUCAUUGAUAUUGCAAAACGAUCGGACGAUUUUCUCGAAUCGCAAACGACCUGAUCACAUAUAACAAAAGCAUAAGCUGUAUUAGACCGUUGUAUAUGGAAAUAUUGUUAAUCACUAAAUUCCCCGCGAAACUGUGUUGGCGCUACGCUUUCAGCUGCCGUAUGUACAUAUUACUCAUUAAAACAACACAUAAUAGCCUAAAAAAGUCGACUAAAGCGAUGUUAUUUUCUGUUAUCGAUGUCGGCUAUCGAUCCCGAAAACCCAGCACAAACUCUAGCCUAGAUAGAUAGGCACCUGUGUUUGAAUUAGUUGUUGGUACUGUUGCUACACAAGUGGCCUUUACGGUGACCGUUAACUGAUUUAGCGAGGGAAAAUGCUUCAGAGAAGUCAGUCGAUACAUUUAAAUCAAAGCCAUUGAAUAGAAAUCACCCUAUUAAGAAAUUAUGAAACUGAACGCUAUGCGAAAAAGUUUUCUGGCAACAUUUAUGCCAAAUCAAGCAUGCUCAACUAGAAUAUGGACUGCUAUCGAACGGCAGAGUCGACUUCCGUGCCAGAGCAGUUUGGAGUCAAAUAUCGUAAAUUAUAAUUGCAGCCAUCUUCUUUAAUUUUAUGCAACCAUGUAUGAUAAUGAAGAAAACGAACAAAAAUGAAGAAAAUA